AUGCGACUCUGGCUCGUUGCUGUCUUGGCCACCAUCCCUCUCCGUCGCUCGUCUCUGCUCAUUCUUGCCAUACCCCCUCACAUCCCCCCAUAUAACGCCAUGCGCCCCGCACUGUCCCCGUGCCCAUUCCCCGCUCUCUCCCCUCCGCCCGUCUGUGGGCAGCAACGUGGCAUCGCUGGACUCGGAGAGUUUCGCCUCCCAACGUUGCUUUCGGGACUCCAUUGCCUCUGUGACCCUCUCCACCACUCACGCUCAUCCCUCCCGUUCUCCUCCACUCCCAUUCCUCCCCUCUCCCGCCCUCCACUCUUAACCGCGCUUACCGCCCUUUCUACCUCCCUUCCUGCCUUGUGCGUGCCACCAGGUGGAGUUUCAUCAGGACAAGUGCGAGCCGUGCAUGCAGUUCGCGCCCGAGGUCGCCAAGGUCGCCGACUCGCUCAAAGGACUCGUCAAGGUGGGCGCUAUCAACUGCAACAAGGCGCCGGACGUGUGCAUGCAGGCGCAGAUCAAGCAUUGCUUUCUUCCUAUGCAUCUCUGCUCUCUGCUCCUUCUUCCUAUGCAUCUCUGCUCUCUGCUCCUUCUUCCUAUGCAUCUCUGCUCUCUGCUCCUUCUUCCUAUGCAUCUCUGCUCUCUGCUCUUUCUUCCUAUGCAUCUCUGCUCUCUGCUCCUUCUUCCUAUGCAUCUCUGCUCUCUGCUCUUUCUUCCUAUGCAUCUCUGCUCUCUGCUCCUUCUUCCUAUGCAUCUCUGCUCUCUGCUCCUUCUUCCUAUGCAUCUCUGCUCUCUGCUCCUUCUUCCUAUGCAUCUCUGCUCUCUGCUCCUUCUUCCUAUGCAUCUCUGCUCUCUGCUCCUUCUUCCUAUGCAUCUCUGCUCUCUGCUCCUUCUUCCUAUGCAUCUCUGCUCUCUGCUCCUUCUUCCUAUGCAUCUCUGCUCUCUGCUCCUUCUUCCUAUGCAUCUCUGCUCUCUGCUCCUUCUUCCUAUGCAUCUCUGCUCUCUGCUCCUUCUUCCUCCAUCAACCUCACUCCCCUAUUUGCUUCAGUCUCUCUCCCUGUGUUCCGCUAUGAGCUGCCUGCAUUUAGGCUGUACCCAUGGGAGGUGAAGGCCAACCCGUACACGCACAAGCGCUACAAGGACGCGCCUCAGGUGUUCACUGGAGACAACACCGCAAAGGCGCUCGUCAGCUUCGCCACUGCCGCCCUACCGCAUGACCUGGUGGCGAACAUCUCCUCAGGCGCCUCUGCUGAUGCCUUCCUCUCUGCCAACGCUACUCUCAACAAGGUGGUGCUCUUCUCCACCAAGCCCGCUGUCACGCCACUCUUCAAGGCCCUCUCGCUGCAGUUUAGGAAUCGGCUGGUGUUUGCGCAGGCCAAGUCGACUGAUGAGGAUCUGGCGGCCUCCUUUGGCGCCACCUCCUUCCCCGCGCUCUUCCUGCACAAGCCGGACGGCACCAGGCAGCUCUACGAAGGCCCGCUAAAGCCCGAGCCAAUCGCCGCCUUCCUCGAGCAGUUCGCCGCCCCGGCCGAGCCCGCCGCUGACUCAGCGACAGCUGGCGAGGCGGAGGCAGGGGCGGCGGGGGAGGAAAGGCAAUCGCGGUGGGUGCGGCAGAUGAGGGCGGCAAAUGUGAGCAGUCAGGUGCUACAGCGUGAAGAAAUGUGGAUGGUUGCUCUCACGUCCUCUUCUGAGGAGUGCAGGGAGGUGAAGGAGAAGUUUGAGAAGACAGCAGAGGAGCUUGUGGGCAUGAUAUUUGUGGGAGUGGUGGACAUGCACACGGAUGAGGAUGCCAACAGUCUAGCAACCAAGUACGGGGUGAAGGAGCCGUGUGGAGAGGCGCUGCUCUUCCCCCUGGGAGACGACAAGGAGGAGAAUGAACCCGAUCGCAUGCCCUUAACGGCAUCCCUCAAGGCCAUGACAGCAGCGGUGUACGCCCUGGCGCCCGACUCCUUUGUGCGCCACAUCACUGCUGACUCGCUCGAGGUCUUCGCUCAGACCAACCCGCUGCAGCCCAAGGUGUUUCUGUUCACGAAUAAGAGGGAGACACCUGGCAUGUACAAAGUGCUCUCCACCACCUUUCGCAAAGAUGCUUCCUUCGCCCUGGUGCACGAGAGUGAGAAGAAGGUUGUUGCUCGGUUCAAAGUUGCCAAGUUCCCCCACAUGUCGAUAAUGUUCCCGGCGCCCAGUCCAGGGAGGGAGGGCGAGGUGCAGCUGACAGUGCGCGACUUCCCCGGCCCGCUCAAGUACCACACUGUGGCGCCGCAGCUCAUGCAGUUGGUGGCCACAGCACGGCAGUUUGCGGCGCCAACAGCGGAGAUAGUGGCAUUGGGGGAGGGCAAGGAGGGGCAGGAGGAUGCCUUUCAGACAGAAUGUGUUGACUCCAACCGGCUGUGUGUGAUUGGUAUUUUCAGCACAGACUCCCCUCUCGACCAGCUCAAGCGGGUGGCAGCCAAGUGGCUGCGGGGCGGCCAGUUUGUCUUCAUGUGGCUGGACGCGGGGCGGCACAAGGCGUUGGCAUCUCGAGUGCUCCCUCUGCUAGGCGUGAACCAGCAGGACCUGCCGACGGCGGUGGUGGUGAGCCCGCGCAAGAUGCGCUGCGCCGUGCUGCCAGAGAGCUUCUCCCCGCCCAUCCUCGACGCCUUCCUUGACUCGCUGCUCGCCGGCCGCGUCCGCACCUUCGCGCUUGAUCGCCUGCCAUCGUUCCUACCGGGCCCUUCAGAGGAUUCUUCCCCGGCAUCAGAGGCAGCAGAGGAGGCAGCAGAACCAGAGCCGAUAGCAGAGGAGGAGUUUGAUCUGGCGGACAUCAUGAGCGAGCAGGUGGAGGACGCCGAUGCCGUCGCCUCAAAGGAGCACAAGAUUCUGCAGGCUGACAAGGAGGCAGAGGAGGAAGCAGCCAGGAAGGCAGCAGAGGCGGAGGCAGCAAAGAAGGCAUCGAAGAAGAAAAAGAAGAAGAGCAAGACCAAGAAGAGCAAAGCCGUGGACUCGGAUGUUAGGGAUGAGCUUCUGUCCCGCCAUUCCGCGUCACUGGCUGCCAACGGCGCAGUCGCCUGUUCUAACCAUGCGCCUUCCCCAAUUCCCCCCUCCUGGUGCGGGUCAGACGCGAGCAUAUGGCUGGUGCAGUUUCUCAAGGCGAUGCGCGACGAUCGCGGCGAGCUGCUGCCGGGCGCGCACCUGCUGGGCUUCCUGCGGCGCGUGUGCAAGCUGCUCUUCCUGCGCAUCCGCCCGCUCAUCGUCUUCGACGGCGCCACUCCCGCGCUCAAGCGCCGCACCGUCCUUGCGCGCCACCGCCAGCGGGAGAACGCGCAGAUCAACCUGCGCAGGACGGCGGAGAAGCUGCUGCUCAACCAGCUGCGGCUGCGUAAGCUGGAAGAGGCAGCACAGGAGAUGCAGCAGAGGGGCAGGGGGCGGGCGGUGGGCAGGGGGACAGGAGGGGCGCGGGGAGGGGGCAAAGGAAAGGAGAAGGUGGAUGAGGUGGUGGGCGAUAAGAAGCAGGAAGAUGAGGGCCGAGGGAGACGCUGUCCAGAAGACAAGGCAGCGCAGGAGCAGGGCGGCUGCAAUGAGGAGGCGAGGAGGGAUCAAGAGCACGCUGAUGCUCUCCUGGCAGCAUCGCUGGCAGCUGAGUGGGCAGGGCAAUCCGCGGGCACCUCUGGUGCUGCCCCGGACGUGGCAGGCACCUCCCGUGAUGCCGCUGCCGCUGCUGCUGCUGCUGCUGCUGUGGCUUCUGUAGCUGCUGCUACUGCUGGUGGUGCUGGCGGUGGUGAGGCGGCCAGGGGGCCAGUGGAAGUGGAGGGGGGUGAUGGUGGGAGCGACGAGGGCAGUGAUGAGGACGACUUGACCGAAGAAGCUAUGGCGCUCCUGCCGGAGGUGGCAUCUGGGGGAGGCGCACCGCUGGAUCCGGCAGUGCUGGCCUCGCUGCCACCCUCCCUGCAGCUACAACUGAUGGUGCAGCUGGUGGCGGAGAAUCGCCACAAGUUUGAGCAGGCUGCCAAGGCGCCAGCAGCGUUCUCAUCGCUGCAGGUGGGCGCCUAUCUGCGCACGGCUGCCAUGCGCCGCCAAAUCGACUCCGUGCGCUCCGCCGCCGCCUCUGCCUUCGCUGCCUCUGCCCCCGCUGCUGUUGCUGCCGCCACCUUUCCCACUUCCACCCCUGGUUCGUCCUCUGCUGCUGCUGCCGUGGCAGCAGUGGGAGCAUCAGGAGGGGAAGUGAUUGGCGUGGGAGUGGCUGGGCGAGCAGGAGGAGCAGCAGAGGCGGAGGAAGGAGUGGGGGUGGGUCGAGGGGGUGGAGGGGGCGUGGGCGGGGGGCGGAUAGCAUCGGAGGCGGGCAGGGAGUUUGUGUUCACCUCCUCUGUGGGGCAGGGGGCAGGCGACGCUCCCCUAGGACGGCGCCUGCCCCCGUUGUCAGCAGCACCCGCACAGGGCAGGGGGGGAAAGGGGCUGCGCGGGAGGGGCAGGGGGAAGGGCGCCUGGGGGCACCGAUGGACGGGGGAAGAUGCUUGGGGGGAGAGGAGGGGAGGAGGGGGAAGUGGCAAGGCGAAGCAAGUGGAAGGGGAUAAGGACAAGGAGGGGGCAGAGGACGAGUGUGAGAGGGACGGUUUGCGGGAUUUCUCAUGGGGGGGAGGGAGGGGGCAGGGGGGCGCGGAGGGGCUGCUGCAGCUGCCUGGCAUUCUGCAGCAGGCGGUGAGCUGGGGGAGGGGGAGGCGGAGGGGGGAGCCGGGGGGACAGUCGGGGGAGGGCGCUAGAGAGGCAAAGGGCGGUGGGACUGGCGGGGCCGGGGAUGGGGCGUGUGGAGUGAGUGGAGGCGUUGAGACGAGGGUGGAGGGGGGGGAAGAAGAGGGGGAGGCAGUGAAGGAGGCGUAUUUGGCGCUGGUGGCAGAGGAAGGCACGGGGCAGCCGACACAGACAAGUGGCAGUGCUGUCAACACAGACGCUGCUCCUGGUUCUGCUGCUCGUGAUGCCCCUCCUCUUGGCGGCAGUGGCUCCAAUGCUGCUGCUGGCAGCCCUGCAGCAGACAACGCUGCUGAUGGCGAUGAUACAGAGGCGGCAGACACAGCAGAAGGGGAGGCGACAGGAGGGACAGUGGGGGAGGCGGCAGCAGGGGCAACGGAGGGUGGGAGUGUGCCGACGUACCGGGACGAGCAGGGCAGGGUGCGGGUGAGCCGCGUGCGAGGCAUGGGCGUGCGCAUGACUCGUGACCUGCAGUGGAACCUGGUUCUCAUGCGCGAACGGGAGAAGGAGAGGGCGACGGGCACGGGGAAUGGGGGCAAGGAGGAGAAGGGGAGGGAUAUAGGAAGGGAGAUGUUGAAGGGGAGGGAUAUAGGAAGGGAGAUGUUGAAGGGGAGUGAGGGCGUGGUGGGGAAGGGUGAAGAGCGGGAAGGAGGGGAAGAGGAGGAGGUGCAGUGGGAGGAUGGGAUGGUCGCUGCUGCUGCUGAUGAUGAUGCUGGUGGCAGGGGAGGUGGGGCAACAGGUGGUGUAUGUGGGAUGGAAUCCAAAGGAGUAGAUGAGGGGCACAAAAAGGAGAAGGGAAGGGGGUUGGAGGAAGGUGGGGGAGUGGAAGAGGAAGAGCAGGAAGAGGGAGAAGGAGGUGAGUACGAGGAUGAGCUGUUUGCCAUGCUCGUGGCUGCUGGGAAGGUCAGAACAACAAAUCCAACGCACACACCAAGCACGCUUGGUGGGGUUGCUGCUCCUUCCACUCCACUUGCCCUUACCCAGCCACCUGCUGCCAUCUCGGCAACGGGGCAUGUCAGACAUUCGGAUGCUGAGGAGCGGAGGGAGGAGGAGGAGGAUGUGGAGUGGGAGGACGGAGGAGGAGGGGAAGAGGAGGUGGCGCAGUCACUUAAAGGAGAAGUGGAGGGAGGAGAGGGAAGAGAGGGAGGGUUUGCCGCAGAAAAGGAUGUGCAGGGAAGGGUUUCGCCAGGUGAUGCUGACGUGGACAUGGAAGCAGACGUGGAGUGGGAGGAAGCACCAGUCACCGUGCAGCACAUGAAGCCAAGCAAGGCGCCUCCAUCCCCUCAACCUGGCCCGCCCUCUGAUCCUGCCCCCACCCCUGCCUCCGCCUCGACAUCUGCAGCGCUAUCUACCCCUACCCGUGCAGACGAGAGAGGCACAGCGUCUCUUUCUGGCGCGAAGAGGCGUGCGGGUGCGUGGGAGGAGGAGCAGAUGGCAGAGGCUGAGCUGCUGCAGCAGUGCGGGGUGCCGUACAUAAUAGCGCCAAUGGAGGCGGAGGCGCCGUGUGCAUGGCUGGCGCAGCACGGCGUGGUGGACGCGGUCGUCUCAGACGACUGUGACGCGCUGCUCUUCGGCGCUCCCACCCUCUGGCGCCACCUCUUCUCCGACCGGCACUAUGUGGAGGUGUAUCGCGCUGAGGACGUGCAGCGAGAGCUGGGGCUCAGCAGGAGGCACCUCGUGCGCAUGGCCAUGCUGUUGGGUUGUGACUACACGCCCGGGAUCAGUGGCAUCGGUGUGGUGAACGCCAUUGAGGUGAUCCAUGCCUUCCCGGGUGCACGCGGGCUGCAGCGCUUCCGCCACUGGCUCGACUCCCCCCAUGCCGCUGCCCUCGCCCACCUGCUACCUGGGGGAGCAGAGGGCGGUGCAGCGGGUGGUGCUGUGGCCGCGGCAGAUGGGUGGGGGGAUGACGAUGGGUGGUGGGAGGAUGAGGAGUCGGAUGAGGAGGAGGAGGGGGAGGAGGGUGGGGAAGAGGAGGUUCGGGAGGCAAGGAGGGCGCUGGCCGAGGCACGGAGGCGAGAAUUUGAAGCCACACAUGCGGGGGUGAGGAGGCAGUGGGUGGUGCCGGGCAACUUCCCCAGUGCAGCGGUGGCAGCGGCGUUCAACCGCCCCCAUGUGGACCGCAGCACUGCCCCGCCCUCCUGGCACCCGCCCGACCUCCCUGCUCUGCGCCAGCUGUGUGUGGCGAAGCUGGGCAUGGCGCCAGAGAAGGCGGAUGCGCUGCUGCUGCCAGUCGUCAAGGCUGCCUCCUCCCGCCAGACCCAGCAGCGGCUGGAGGCGUUCUAUUCGUUCAAGCAGCGCUUUGCCAAGAUCCGAUCGCGCCGUGUGCAGCGGGCCGUCACCGGCAUCGCUGGCAGCGCUGCCCGGCACCUCAUGCUGCCGCCCUCAGGGGUCACUGCGCCUGAGGAGGACGACGCAGAGGAGGAGGAUAUCCUUGACGCUCAUGCCCCUACUGCUAAUGCUGCUGGUGCUGCUGGCGCUAAGGAUGUUUCUGGUGGCAGGGAGCAGGAUGGUGUGGCAGCAGGUGGUGGUGGUGGUGGUGUGGUGACUGGUGUGAGGCGCGGGAAGGCCAAGGGCGCUGCUGGUGCUGUUGGGGCAGCAGAACAGAGCACAGAUGCUGGCAGCACGAGAGGGGCCGAGGGUGGUAUGGAGGGGGGUGUGGCUGAGCGUGGGGGAACGGGCGUGCCUGUGAGGGUGCAGCCAAGACGUGAGGCCAAACGGCCGCGCCUGCAGCUUGGAGACUCCUAUGGUGCGCUGGGUGGUGAUGGUGUUGAUGGGGUUUCCCUGAGUGACUCGCACUCGAGCAGCAGUGGGAGUGAUGCCGACCUUGCUGAUGCGCAUGGCGAUAGCAAUGGUGGUGAUGAUGUGUUUCAUCCCCAAGAACACCUGCCCUCACCUUUCGCUGCAAGACCUGUGGCCCGACGCACUUCUCCCACAGGCACAGGCACAUGCACAGGGCAAAGCUGCCAACAGCAAGCAGGCGGGCAGGGAGGGGUGGAAGGUGUCGGUGGGGGAGAGGGAGGAGGGAAGGGGGACGCAGCAGGGCAGGCAGGUGGGAGAGGUGAGAGUGAGGGGACGUGGGUGGUGCAGCGACACGCGCACGGGGCAGAGGAGCAACAGCAUGGCUGCCCUCGCCACGGGGCAGAGGAGCAACAGCAUGGCUGGGGGCAGGGGGGAGCACCGUGCAGCUCUCUGCAUGCGCUCAUGCACGGAGGGGGGUUCUGUGUGGGGGAGGAGCAGCACGGGGAGGGGCAGGUGGCGGAGGUAGGGGGGAGGGAAAGGGGAGAGGAAGAGCAACAGCUGUGGAUGGAGCAGACAGGAGGAGCGGAGAGUGAAGAGAUAAGGGGUGUUGUGGCAAGUAAUGAGGUCACAGGUGGUUGGGGUGGGUGUAGAGAGAUGGGGGAGAAGGUGUUUGGAGGGACGGAAGGGGUGGAUGGGAAAAGAGAGAGCGAGGGUGAUGGUGGUGGGAUGGUUGAUGUGCCCACAUCACACAGUAGCCAGUCUCCCACCCUUGCCUCAUUGGAGCCAGCUGCUUCUGCUCCUGCUGCACCUCCUGCACCUCCUGCACCUCCUGCACCGGACCCCCACCGUGCCGCCAUGGGACCUCUGCUGCCCGCCCCCUUGCGCCGCAAGAAGCCCCGGGUGGAGGGGCGCGUGGUGGCGGAGAUCGGCGCGGGGCUGUGCGUGCUGGUGGGGGUGAUGGCGGGGGACGGCGAGCAGGACUGCGACUACAUGUGUCGAAAGAUCCUGAAUCUGCGCCUGUGGCCCAAUGAGAAGACCGGCAAGGCCUGGGACCAGAGCGUGUCGCAACGAGGCUAUGAGGUAUUGCUAGUGAGUCAGUUCACGCUGUACGGCCAGCCCAAGGGCAACAAGCUCGACUUCCACGUCGCCAUGCCGCCGCAGGAAGCCAGCGCAUUCUAUGACGCUUUCGUGCACCGCGUGCGCCGGGCCUACCACCCCGACCGUGUCAAAGACGGCAUCUUUGGCGCCAUGAUGGAG